AUGCAGCAAGCGCUGCAUUCCCCAGUCUGGGAACAGCAGCAUGCUGCGUGGGAUAUUGCGGCUGAGAAUAGAGAAGAUGCUGUAACAAGCCUGGUAUAUGAAGCGAGUGCGAGAGCGAACGAUCCAAUCUACGGUUGCACUGGCGCCAUCUGUCGAUUGGAGAAGGAAGUAUUGAACCUUCAAUCGCAACUGGCAACCGUUCAAGCAGAGCUCCUCAACACACAGGCUAAUCUUUCGCCUCUCCUCACCGGAUUUUGUAACUCCGUUGGAGAAGAAAAUGCAUUGGGUGUCGUACAUCAAAACGAUCCAUAUAGUGAAAAUGGAACAACAGUGGAUAACCUAAGGGUUUUGCAAGACGAUGAGGGUCCGUUUGGAUUAUGGGCGCCUCUGUGA